AUGUCACAAAUACUCUCUGAAGAAGGGAUCCGGGAACUUUUGUACGAGGAUAUUCCCGAUCUAGAUUGUCCUUCUGACUUGGAACUUGAGGAUGAGGAUGAUGAACAUGAAGAAAUAAGACCCCAAUCACCACUUAACAAUUUUGAUACCAUAUUCAAUUCAGUUUUGAAUCAAGAGAAUGAAGCUGAAGAAAUUCAAAUUGAUGAACCAGAUGAUGACAACAAUCAAGAUGAGGUACCCAUUCCUUCCACAUCAAAAGCAGAAGGAACCCCAAAAAUAAAAAAACUGAAACGGACUGAGCCUAAUAGGAGAUGGAAGAAAAAGGAAACAGAGACCAGGAUUCCAGAUUAUCCUCAUGAUGAAGACCGUUUGUUCACUGUCUUCAAUGGCUGCCAAACUGCAACGGAUAUUUUCUUGAAAAUUCUCAGAUGUAUAUUGGACAUCAUAGUUUUCCAGACGAACCUUUAUGCUACUCAGAAAGGCAAAACUCUUCGUCUCCAGGAGAAUGAGUUUCUUUCAUUCCUUGGUGUGAAUAUGUUGAUGGGCUACCAUGAACUUCCUUCAAAACGGCACUAUUGGAGUAAUGCUCCUGAUCUUCAUGUUCCAAUUGUUGCAGAGACGAUGACUAGGGAUCGGUUUGAUGAAAUUCUAAGUUGUCUGCAUGUGAAUGAUAAUGAAAACAUCCCAGCCAAUUGCACUGAUAAGUUGUACAAAUUACGACCAAUGAUUGAGGCUUUCAAUAAGUCCUUCAUGAACUCGUAUGAUGGGACUAGACAACUGAGUGUGGAUGAGUCAAUCAUUCUCUUCAAAGGAAGGAGUUCCAUGAAACAGUACAACCCAAUGAAACCAAUCAAAAGAGGUUACAAAUUAUGGUGUGUUGCUGAUCUGAAGGGAUAUAUAUUCAAUUUUGAUAUAUAUCAGGGUAAAAAUGAUAAGAUGAAGAAUGAAUUCAUGGAAUACGGCUUGGGUGAGAGAGUGGUAUUGAGCCUCACAAAAAACUUUUGGGGGUCCAAUAGGAUAGUUUGCUUCGACAACUAUUUCAAUUCAGUAGGACUAGUAGAGAAAUUGAAAAUGGAGAAUAUAUUAGCAUGUGGUACAAUCCGCCACAAUCGGAGGGGUGUUCCAGAGAAAAUGACACCUGACAAACAGUUGCAAUGGGGAGACCAUGAUUAUAGAGUGUCAGAAAUGGGGAUUUCAUUUUUCAAAUGGCAUGACAACAAGGCCAUUAACUUUAUCGCAAAUUUCCACAGCACUGAAAUUACAGAAGUGAAGAGGACACAAAAAGAUGGGACAAAAAAAAAUGUGCCUUGCCCAACAGUUGUAGCUGAUUAUAAUAAAUACAUGGGAGGAGUUGACCAAGCUGACAGAUACAGAGUACUGUAUGGUGUCAACAGGAAAUCAAAGAAAUGGUGGCACAGAAUUUUUUUUGGCUUGAUUGACAUUGCUUUUGUGAAUGCAUUUAUUAUCACAUGUGAAAUGCACGGAAAAAUGAGUGUGCUGGAUGCCCGCCGGCAGAUAGCAAUGGGACUGAUCACAUACAAAGAUAUGAAAAAAACUUGCAGACGUUCAGCUGGAGACCAACCAGGAACAUCUGGAUCAGGACCAGCAAAAAGGCGCAAAUCAGGAUAUACAACCUUGAAGGAUGUCUGGCUGGGAAAUUUGGAGGCUCAUUGGCCUAAAUUCAAUAAUGGUCACAAUUCAGAUGUUAAUUAUGAGAAUGUUCACUUUCAGUAA